AAUAAAAAAAAUGGUGAGAAAGAAUCUUGGCCGUAGAAAAGUAGAGAUGGUGAAAAUGAAAAAUAGGGCAAACCUUCAAGUAACGUUUUCAAAGAGAAGAUCUGGUCUUUUCAAGAAAGCCAGUGAACUCUGUACCUUGUGUGAUGCACAAAUUGUCAUCAUCGUGUUCUCACCAUCUGGAAAAGUGUACUCUUUUGGUCAUCCGGAUGUGAACAUCUUGGUUGACUACUCUUCCGGACGUGUCAGCAACACAAACCUUGAUGACAUCAACAGAAAGCCCUUUAUCCAACUGCUCAAUGAUCGUUUAACUGGGGCGAAGGCUGGAAAAGAAAACGCACAAGGGAACAAGGCUAUGCUACUCGAGAACGAAAGAGAAAGCAGCAACAACCCUGGCAACUGGUGGAGAAACUCUCCAGCAGAACUCAACUUAAGUCAGUUAGCUCGUAUGAAAGAUGCUCUUGAAGGUUUGAUCAAGGAAGUUGAUGAAACAGCUCCUCCUUCUCCAUUUCAUCAAACAACCCUGACUUUUUACAUCGCAACCCCAACAACUGUUAAUGGUGUGAAUGUCUUCACAAACCAAGGGCUAUUUGAGCCUAUUCUUGCGUUCCCGUUUGGAUUUAAUAUUAUGAAUCGCACACCAGCUGGGUACAACCAUAGCCAUAUCCAGAACCAGGAGUUUAAGCAGGCUCAUCCUCAUCAUGGACCUCGUUACUAUUAGUUUUUUUCUCUCUCUUGUUGUGUGACUUUUUAAGUCUCCAAUAAUGUGUGUCGUAUCCUUUUAAUUUAAUUUCUCAACUCUUUUUUUAUAUGUCGUUGUUGGACCGACCUCUCGUUGUUGUAUGACUUCAUAUAAAGUCUUCGGUCGAUAGUAGUUUGUUGUU